GCUAUGAGAUAGUGGUGUUACAACUGUGCAGAGCUCCCUUGUUCACGUUCCCUCCACAAGAUGUCUCAAUACACAGAACUGAAGGGCUUGUAUCACCUGAGGGAAACAAUUGGCUCAGGUGGUUUUGCCAAAGUAAAACUAGCUUACCAUGCCUUGACAGGAGAGAAGGUAGCCAUCAAGAUUAUGGAUAAAAAGUCCCUCGGGGAGGAUUUACCACGAGUGAAGACAGAGAUUAACGCCAUGAAGGAGUUGUGUCAUCAGCACAUCUGUAAACUGUAUCAAGUUCUGGAGACGGAAGACCGGUUUUACAUUGUCUUAGAGUACUGUCCAGAGGGGGAACUAUUUGACUAUAUUGUGGCCAAGGAUCGCCUGGAGGAAGACGAGGCCAGGAUAUUCUUCAGACAAAUAGUCUCUGCUGUAGCUUAUAUCCAUCAUCAAGGUUAUGCUCACAGAGAUCUCAAACCGGAGAAUUUACUGCUGGAUGAAGACCAGAACCUUAAAUUGAUAGAUUUUGGUCUGUGUGCCAAACCAAAGGGUGGGAUGGACAGUCAUUUAUACACCUGCUGUGGAAGCCCAGCCUAUGCAGCGCCAGAACUUGUCUCAGGGAAAAACUAUUUGGGUUCUGAGGCUGACUUGUGGAGUAUGGGUGUUCUAUUAUAUGCAUUACUGUGUGGUUACCUCCCCUUUGAUGAUGACAACAUCACAAAUUUGUACAAAAAGAUACAGUCUGGUCGUUAUGAGGUGCCCAGCUGGCUGUCUUCAGAGAGUGUCUCCAUACUGAACCAGCUGUUACAGGUUCAUCCCAAACAUAGACUGUCUAUUGAGCAGCUUAUCAAACACCCUUGGCUGACUAAGGGAUUUGAUUUACCUGUAGAAUGGCAGACAAAGUACAAGAGGAAGGUUGACGACGACUGUAUAACAGAACUGGCUGUGUAUUACGGCAAAAGUAAAGCCUGUAUGGAGGAGCAAGUUUCAGAGUGGAAAUUUGACUACCUAACAGCCACUUAUUUCAUGUUGCUGGAGAAGAAGAUGAAAGCCAGACCAGUGAGGUUAUUACACAGGCCUAGGAUAAACCUCAACUUCCAGCCUAAGGAACCCAAGAGAAAUAGUGCAGACUCAGAGAACAUAGUGCUGACACCAGUGCCUGACACCCCAAAGAGCGAUAAACGUCCUACAAGAGUGACCGAGAAGAAAGGGGAUCAAGAGGACAAGGAGAAUUUUGCAGUACCUCAGACGCCAGUCACAGUGCGAAACAAGAAGAAUUCACGCCCAUUAAUAUCGGCCAGUCUGACAGAGCAGACCAAACCCCGAUCCCCUCUGAUGGCCAAACAGCUUCCCAUCACAAAUACCACCAUGGAUGACACGAUACUUUUUGCCACUCCAUCCAAACCCACUGACCUCACUCUAAAUACAACGUUAUCCCCCUCAAGAUCGUUUGAUUCCCAGAUUAAUAAGCUGACAGAAUCCUUGGCAGGUGAAACUCCAAUAAGUGAGAAGAAAAAGGCAGCUUCCAUGGAUAAUGAGUUAAACAAGGCUCAUGAAACUCCGGGCCAGCGCUCCAGGAAGGGCUCUGUGUUUGGCAGUCUAGAGAAAAUGUUUAACAUGUUGACUCCCAAGAAACAGAGCAAGUCUACAACAGAAGGGGCUCGCAAAGUCAAAGCCCUGCACAAUGUGUUUAGAACAUGUGAGACAUCUUCAGACUAUGUGCUUAGGAGGUUGAAGGGGACAGUUGAUGAGAAAUGUAUCCCCUACAAACAAAGCGACCACACACUGCGCUGUACAGUCAUGGAUGACUGGGGCAGAAUACGACUGGCAUUUGACCUUGAAGUCUGUACCCUUCCCAAGAUGCCCUACAUAGGAAUCUGUCGAAAGCGAGUCAAAGGAGAUGUGUGGCACUACAAGAAGCUCUGUGAAGACAUCUUAACCUCUUCCAAACUUUGAAUACUGAAGCCACCUCAUCUGGUCAGGCGUUGAACUCUGACUGCUGGCCCUUCAUGCCAUAAUACACCCAGAGGCUUUGUUGGGAUGACAGUAAUUUAUUACAUGGCGAUACGUCAUUGUGCUAAAUAAACACUUGAAAAGACUCCCAACAUAACUUAUCGAUGCAUCUACAACAUUUCUGUGCUUACCACAUUUUUCUCCCUUUGAUAAAUUUAAACUUCUGUGCUAUUUUGCUACAUUUUUAUCUUGAAUUGCCUGCGAAGUGGAUGAGUGUCCAGGGUCAGGAUUCAUGUUUUAAACUAUUAAGCUUCAUUAGGUGUCUUUAGAAUUAGGCACAGUUCAUUGGUUGCAGUUUUUUUUUUUUUGUUUGUUUUUAUAUGUACACACAUUUUAAUCCAGGACAAUCAUAUGAUAUUCAAUCUUGUCGGUUCUUUUAUCCAUUCAUUCCAGUCAGUUUCCAGCUGCCAUCUUGAAGACGUACACCUAUCAUUCUCUGUUCAUGUAUCUCAACUCUGUGAUGUGUAUAUAUUUGUAAAUAAUCCCCUUUUAAAUUACAAAGAUAAGCUCAUGAUUUUAUCUGUAAAGUCUCAUCAGCUGUGCAGAAUUUUGAUCAUAUCCAAUCAUGCCAUACAACCCUGUCCAGUUCAUUUCAGGCAAGUAAUUUUUAAGGCAAACCGACAUUUUAUUAUGGGAGAUUUUUUUUUGUCCCAGUAACAGUGUAUUUAUCAUAAAAUAAGGCAUGGACAAGCAUUGAGUUCUUGUCUUGUGCUCUCUUGGAUGAAGCAAUAUUAAAAUGUAUUUGACUACACCAUGAGCUUAUCUUAUUUUACUGAA